GGCUGGGGCAGCCGGUGCUGGCUGUGCAUCGCGGUGCUGCUCGGGGCGGGGCGUUUGCUGCGGGGCCAGCGCUUCGCGCGUGACCGGAGCAUCGUAAAAUGCGUGUGCGAGCCCCAAAAUCUGCGAGAGCGGGGGCUGGAGGCGGGCGAGCGGCCGAGCAAAGCUGGGGGAUGCUGAGCGCCGCGGGGACAGGCCCGAGGCGGGGGUGACGGGAGCGGGAUCCCAGCCGCGGCUGCGGGAGGAGCGGCGCCGGCUCGGGGCUGCGGGGCCGCGUCUGGAGCCGGGGCGAGGCGGAGCAUCCCCCGGCCGCUCCCCCCGGCCGGGGCCGCGGGGCCGGGGCGGGGAGCGCCGAGCGUCCUCCCCCGCGGGCCGGGGGGAGCGGGGCUGGGCCAGCCCCUGCGCCUGCCGCGCCAUGGAGCGGAGCUGCGCCGGGCGGGAGCCGCAGCCCCGGCCCCAGCCCCAGCCCCUCGGGAAGCCACCAUCCCCGAUGGGAGACAGCAUCCCCCCGCCCUCCGUGCCACCCCCAACACCUGGGGGUGCCCUGCAGGGAGAGCGCAGCCUCCCCCAGCAUGACCGGCCCGGCCCUCCAGAUGUCAUCCCCUCAGAAAAGCCCGUCCCACCCGUCCCUGCAGCCAUCACCCCCUCUGAGAAGAUCGUCUCGCCCGUCCCUGCAGCCGUGCCCCCCUCCCAGCAGCCCGUCUGCCCCCCGGCCGUGAUGCCCCCCUCUGAGAGCAGCCCCCCACAGCGUGACCGAGCCGGCCCUGCAGCCGUGGCACUGCCAGGACAGCCCGUGUCCCCCAGCCCCGCGACUGUGGUCCCCUCAGCACAGAGUGUUCCCCCGCGGGGUGACCAGUCCCCCUCCAGACCCCCCAAGCCGCCUGGGAUGGAGCACCCCAAAGAAGAGGCACUGCCCCACGCCACUGGCCAGCCUGUCCCCGUCCACGCUGCCGCCCCUUGCUCCACGGAGACGCUGCCCCUUGGGAGCCAGCCCCCAGCCCCAGCUGCCACCGAAGGGGCCCCUCCUGAUGCCAAGAGCUCCCUGGGUGCCACAGCCGGGCCCUCAAAGGACGUGAGCCCCCGGAGCAGCCGCCCCUCGCCGUCUCCUGCCGCCAGCCCCCGGCCCAAGCAAGAUGCCCAGAAAGCCCAGGCAAGGCACAAGCAGGCGAAGGAGCGGCGCGAGGAACGGGCCAAGUACCUGGCUGCCAAGCGGGUGCUGUGGCUGGAGAAGGAGGAGAAGGCCCGGCUGCUGCGGGAGAAGCAGCUGGAGGAGCGGCGCAAGCGGCUGGAGGAGCAGCGGCUGAGGGCGGAGAAGCGCCGGGCGGUCCUGGAGGAGCGGCAGAGGCAGAAGCUGGAGAAGAAUAAGGAGCGCUAUGAGGCAGCAAUCCAGCGGUCGGUCAAGAAGACGUGGGCAGAGAUCCGGCAGCAGCGGUGGUCCUGGGCUGGGGCCCUGCACCACGGCUCCCCCGCGCACAAGGACGGUGCGAGCCGGUGCUCGGUGUCCGCUGUAAACCUCCCCAAACACGUCGACUCUAUAAUCAACAAGCGGCUCUCCAAAUCCUCCGCCACCCUCUGGAACUCUCCCAGUAGAAACCGGAGCUUGCAGCUGAGCCCGUGGGAGAGCAGCAUCGUGGACCGGCUGAUGACGCCCACCCUGUCCUUCCUCGCGCGCAGCCGGAGUGCCGUGACGCUGGCCGGGAACGGCAAGGAGCAGGUGCCCGUGUGCCCCCGCUCAGCCUCCGCCAGCCCCCUCAGCCCCUGCCACAACCACCGCCUGCCGCACCGCUGCUGGGAGCGCCGGAAGGCGGCCGCCGCCAGCCCUGAUGUGACGCCGCGCCGCAGGACCGAGCCCUCGCCCAAGAAGAAGGAGAAGAAGGAGAAGGAUCGGGAGAAUGCCAAGGAGCGCAGCGCCCUGUCCCGUGAGCGCAGCCUCAGGAAGCGGCAGUCACUGCCGGCAGCACAGCCCCGGCUCCUGCCUGCGGCUGACAGCAGCCCCGGCCCCAAGAACCGUCCCUCAUCCCCUGCCGCCCCCAAGAACCGUCCCUCAUCCCCUGCCACCCCCAAGAACCGUCCCUCAUCCCCUGCCACCCCCAAGAACCGUCCCUCAUCCCCUGCCACCCCCAAGGCCCGCCCGGCGUCCCCCAGCCCGGCCCUCAGCUCUCCCCACAAGCCGCCCCUGCCUCGAAGCGCCCAUUCCUCCCCCAAGGUGCGGGCCAGGGCUCGGGAGGAGCGGGGGGAGCAGGAGGGCCAGGUGAAGGCACGGGAGAAGAAGGAGGAGGAGAGGGGUCCGGCACCCCCAGCCCUUCCCGAGCCCCCCAAGGUGCCGGCAGAGCCGACAGCAGGCCCCGCAGUCCCUGCAGCCCCUGGCCCAGUGCCGGCCAGCCCCCCAGCCAGACCCCCCGCCGGCACCACGGACCGGGAGGAGGCUGCCCGGCUGCUGGCGGAGAAGCGACGCCAGGCCCGGGAGCAGCGGGAGCGGGAGGAGCGGGAGCGCCGGGAGCAGGAGGAGCAGGAGAGGCGGCUGCAGGAGGAGCGGGCGCAGCGGGCGGCCGAGGAGCAGAGCCGGAGGGAGGCCCUGGCACGGCAGCGCGAGGAGGAGCGGCGGCUGCAGGAGGAGAGAGAGGCCCAGGAGAGAGCCCGGGCUGAGCGAGAGGAGGUGGAGCGGCUGCAGAGACAGAAGGAAGAGGCCGAGGCGAGGGCGCGCGAAGAGGCCGAGCGGCAGCGCCUGGAGCGGGAGAAGCACUUCCAGCGUGAGGAGCAGGAGCGGCUGGAGAGGAAGAAGCGCCUGGAGGAGAUCAUGAAGAGGACGCGCAAGUCAGACGCAGCAGACGCCAAGAAGAAGGACGACAAGAAGGUGGUGAACGGGAAGGCAGCCGAGCAGGAAGAUGUCCCAGGCCGCGAGAAGCACCUGGGGCCAAUCCCGAAGGCAGAGGAGCUCCCAGAGACGGAGACCCCGAGCGCAGGGACGCCGGGGGGAACGAAGGGCUUGGUGGGCGAGGGGCUGCAGCCAAGCUCCAAGGAGGCGGCAGCCCUGGUGAACGGCGUGCAGCCCGGCAAGCACGAGAACGGCUUCUCGGGCACCGAGGGCUCCAAGGAGCUGCGGGAUCUCUCCCACCACGGUGGCAGCCCCGGCAGCAUCAUCCCCUUCGGCGACAAGGAGCCCUUCCUCAAGCAGGCCGUGGUGAAGCCCCCGCAGGUGACAGAGGUGCUGUGAGGGCCUGGCCGAUGUCCCCAGGGGCCAGUGCCCGCGCCCUGACCCCGGCGGCCCACGCAGACCCGUAGCUGUCGUCACAACACGACCCUCGCUGCUCCUCCCGGGCGCCCGGGGGCUGCAGGGCCCCGGCGAGGACGCCUGGCUCCUCUCUUUGUUCUCGUUUUUAUUUCGUUUUGUUGGUUUUUUUUUUUAUUUUAAAUAUGCACCUUAUCAGACUGACAGCCCACCCUCGCAGCCCGCCGGAGCCGCCCCAGACGUGUGGUGUAAUGAUGUAGUUAUUUAACUCGCUGGGUACAACGUCUGUGAAUACUGUAAAUAGAGCCGGCCGGGCGUGGGGAUGCUCUGGGGGGCUCGGGGGCUCGGGACGACCGUGUCACAGCUCCUGUCCCCACGUUCCCCCGCAUGUCCGUGUGUCCAGUGUCCCCAGGCCUGGCCGGCACCACGCUGCUCUGUGCCCUUGUGACAGUGUUAUGCAUCCAGACAACCUUUGACAACAAUUAAAAGUGGACAAUGCCCUCGG